GAUCCUCGAGCGAGGAGAGAUGUAAAGACGAGCACCAGCACGAGCACGAGCACGAGCACGAGCGAACCCCGACACUGCCCAUGGCUGGCUCAGCAACGCCCGGCGGAGGGCCUCCUCCACCGCCUGCAGGCCCGCCGACGCAAAAAGUUAGCGACGUCAUCACCAGCUUCCGGCCCCAAAGACGCUUCAAGUCGGGCGGGCAGGGCACCGCCAUUACCUCGCUCGACUUUGACGACUCGGGCGAGCUCGCCAUCGUGGCGCGCGACGACGACACGCUCCAGAUCUACAACUGCAAGGAGGGCAAGCACGCCAAAGAGCUCAAGAGCCAGAAGUACGGCGUGCACCUGGCGCGCUUCAGCCACCACGCGCAGAGCAUCAUCUAUGCCAGCACAAAGGUCGACGACACGAUCCGCUUCCUCUCGACGCACGACAACUCGUACAUCCGCUACUUCAAGGGCCACAGCGACACGGUCACGUCCAUUGCCCUGUGCCCGUCCAAAGACGAGUUCAUCAGCUGCUCCCGCGACAACACGGUGCGCCUGUGGAAUCUGCAGUCGCCCAACUAUGUCGGCCUGCUCAACCUGCACGCGCCCUACCUCGCCGCCUACGACCCGUCGGCGACCGUCAUGGCCAUUGCCUCGCCGCCCACGCAGUCGAUCCUGCUCUACGACAUGCGCAACUACGACAAGCCGCCGUUUGCCACGUUUGACCUGCUCGAGUACGAGCAGCGCUUCAUGGGAGGACAAAAGGUGGACUGGACCAAGAUGGAGUUUAGCAACGACGGCAAGAGUCUGGUCGUGGCCACCAACGGAAGCGGCCAUUUUGUGCUCGACGCCUUUUCCGGCGACAUUUCGCACUUCUGCUACCGCAAGGCGGGCUCGUCGGGACGCCUGCCGCCGGCUUUGUCGGUGACCAAUGUCAGUGGAGCUGCACGCAGUGGUGACAGUCGGGCAAACGGCCAGGGCGACGUGUGCCUCACGCCAGACGGGCAGUUUCUGAUUGGGGGCAGCGCAGAGGACGGCCUGCUGCUAUGGGACAUUUCCAAGCCGCCAGCCCCAAACAACAUUCUGGAGCCAAUGGAGAAGCUACCGGGACAGGGCAAGGGUGCGAUUGUGGGCUACAACCCGAGGACGAACCUGCUGGCGAGUGCCGACCGGGAUUUGUAUCUGUGGCAGCCCGACGCAGACUUGAUGAUUUGAGCAUCUGGCUGGAGAUAUAAAUGCGAAGAAGCGCUGGCUGCCGAGGCAUGACGGGCGUGAACAGGGUGUAGAUAGUUGCAGUCGGAAUACAGGCUGGAAUUAGGCAAGGACGGGGACUGCCAUUGUGAGUUGCAGGUAGCCAAUGGAU